AUGGCGGAGACGCUGCGGCGUGUGCUAAGCGCCACCAGGCCUGUGGAGGACAAUGUGGCUGAGGCCGGAUCGCCUUUGCUAUUGCUCGGCGGUCCAGGCUCUGGAAAGACGACGCUGUUGUUUGCAGCGGCUCUGGAGGCGGCAGGGGAGGGCCGAGGCCCCGUCCUCUUUCUGACGCGGAGGCCUCUGCAAAGCCUGCCCCGCCGAGCCGGAGCCGAGCUCGACCCCUUGCGACUACAGAAAAUCCGCUUCCAAUAUCCACCCUCCAUCCAGGAGCUUCUCUGGCUCCUGUGCUCUGCCCAUGAGAUCCGGGGGCCCGCCCCCUCCCUCCUGCUGCUCGAUGGGCUGGAGGAGUACCUGCUGGAAGACCCAGGGACCCAGGACGCCGCUUACCUGGUUGCCCUGCUUCUGGAUACAGCGGCCCACUUCAGUCACCGAGUGCACGGUGGCUGUGGGCUCAUGGUGGCCCUGCAGACCCAGGAGGAAGGCGACCGCGGGGAUGUCCUGCAGCUCUCCAUGAUCCAGAGGUAUUUCCCUGCCCAGUGUUGGCUGCACGCAGACGCACCAGAUGCAGGACAAGGCUGCCUGCGCGUCAGCCUGGAGCCCGGAGGGCUGAGCCCCCGGCAAGAGUGGUCUGUGAUCUUCCACUCAGAUGGAGAGAUGACGGUCAUUCCCAGGCUGGACGAGACUGGUGAUCCCCGCACAGACUCAGGUUCCAGCACCGGAGAUCAGCCCUGUGCUUCAGUAUGUGAGACCUGCGCUAUGCCUCAGUUUCCCCAGGCCAAGAGACUGACCCCAGGGACACAUGCACAUCCAAAGCCUUAACAAU